CAGCGACAUCAUCCAAUGGCAGAGCAGCAUCGAUCACCUACAGGCUCAUAGUGGAAUUACAGCAGUCUUACUUCUUUUUUUAGACUGUAUAAAUAAUGUUUUUUUAAAGUUGUAAUUUCUGAAAAAUCAGUCAUAUAUAUUUCAUAGAGUAAUCAUUCUAUACACUUAGUUCAAUAAAACGUUUACAUGUCGAAUAGAUUGUGAAGAAGUUUGGGAAUAAGGUGGAAACAGACCUUGCAAAGUACCAGGAAGCAAUGUUUGUUUAAAACUCUACUCCCGAGGGUAUGUGCUUUUCCGGGAGGAAAAGUAAGUAAAGAGUGGCAUGCAUCCUGUACCCUUUUUCAGAUACAAGGUACUGUUUGUUUGUGCUUUACUUCUUUAUUUCAGACACGUAUCCAAUAUAGGACUAUUUCUGUCACUAUGUUGAAACAUUUUGCAUUGCAGUUUGCAUCUUAGGUGUAAAAACUUUUCUUGCAUUCUUUGUUCACACAGGUAUUUCAUUAGCAUAUGUAAACAGGUGUAGAUGACAUCUGUGGCAGUUUGUCUGGUCUGACCUGUAAGACAGAGGACAGACUUUGAUAAAUGGCUUCAUUUGUUUUCGUCUGUGGCUUCCUCAAACGUUUAACUUCAGGGCUUUCUGUCACCAAGUUCUUUCAGAAGAGCACUGAUCGUGUCUCAUGUUAAAGUACAUGUUAAAGUGUUUUUACCCAAAUCAUCACUGCCUGGAAGAAGGAUCAUGAUUUGAGUCUCGACCCCAUGUGGUCACAUAGAAUUCAAAUGGAGUCGCCUGUUGUGUUAUGGAGUCAAUUUAUUGAUCAAUUGAAAAUUACUUUCAACACAGUAGAACAGCUCUUACAUGAUUGAAAACAAAUACAUUUCAGCUAAAAGCUGAACAUGUUUUGGAUGUCUGGAGUCUCUAGAGCUUUGUGAAGUCAAAGUGGGGUCACUGGGAACCACUGGGUUAAAUGUUCAAUAAAAAAAGUAAUCCUUUCUUUCUUCAUGUUGAGGGAUCCAAGCAGAUGCAAAAUGAAAGAUCCAAAAAGACAAGCACAUCCCUAUGCAGGGGUUGGAUCCAUAAACAAAUAUAGGUAUAAAGAAGCAAAAAAAAAAGCCCAAGGAGCUCCAGUUAAAGGAUUUAUUAACAAUUGACGUUUCGAGCCAACAUGCUCUUCUCCCGGACUUGAAGAAAAUCUCUAACGCCCCACUAACCAACAAACGGACAAACAAACAAAAUCUGUCUCUGAGCUGGAUUAACUCCCUGCGGGGGGUCCUUCCUUAUGGCCACAUAUAACUCCUGUUAAUCUGAAAUAAAUUGAAACAAAUGUAUUGGUAUGAUGUCAUUUAUUUAAAUGGAUCUCUCAACUUUUUCAUACUGGAUAUACAGUUAUGACUUGCUGUUUCAUUAUAAAGUCUUUAGUGAUAUGUUGUGAUCUUCUUGAAUGCAAUAUUUUAAUGUUUCCAAGUGAGGAUUGCUCUUUUGAUUUCUUUAUGAUAUGUUUAUGAUGUCAUGCUCCUAGAGGCCAGAAAAACAACAAUCUGUAAGUUAGUAUCCGUGCUGAAAUGUUCAGUCUACUGAGGUGGACCCAAAAAAUGCCAACUGAAUGACCACGAGGGUUCAGUCUACUGAAACCCCCUACUGAGAGGUCUGCACUUCAUCCUGAACUGUGGCUUUUCGCAAAGGGCCUCUGUGUUUCUGACCUUCUGUGUCAGUUUGUCGGCAGUCCUACACCCUUCCUCUGUGACCUCCGUGUGUUGAUUUUGGUACAGGGAAGAAAGUAAACAUACAACAUUAAGGAACAAAUCAUGACGAGAUGAAAGUUCACAAAAAAUGUGUUGAUCUCGUCCAAAUAGUCAGUAACAGAAAAUCACAAGAAGUGAACAUGUACCGUCUAUUUCUUGUGGUACUUUUUGCUGAUAACCCGUUGUAGCCAAUAAAUCAUAUUAUCAAUAAAGGAAUUCUACAAGUCAUCAAUUGUUUUUUUUAAAUGUUGUGCUGCUCAUAUUGUUACAAAGUUUUGAUUUCUAAUGUUUCCUCUAGAGUAAAUUGCCUUCAUUCAUAAUGAACACUGUGACAAGAGUAAACAAAUCCGACACUGAUGUCUUGGACAGUUUGUCAGGUGCUUGCAGUGAGGCGCAGGAUUACACGCCGCUUGUAAGCGCCGUAAUCCCAGCUAAUCUGGGAUUCAGUUUCACUCUGCUCUGUGGACACAACCUCCGACCGGAUCUCAGAGGGAAUAUGGAAACACUGAGGGUCUCUCUGGGUUGGGGGUUUGUCUGAUGAAGGAUGUAUCUGCUGGUCCUGGUCCAGGUCCUGCAGUCCGCUCUGUUGGGGGUCCACUCCUGUCCGGCUGUGUGUUCCUGCUCGUAUGGGACCGGAGGGAACGCAGAGCUCAGGUUGGUGCGGUGUAACGACCCUGGGAUCUCAGCUGUUCCCAUAAACGUCCCCGCUGACACGGGCAAACUGCGUCUGGAGAAGACCCUGAUCUCCAGGGUGCCCCGGGCAGCCUUCUACAACCUGUCAGACCUGCGCUUCCUGUGGCUGAACUACAACUCUAUCACUUCCAUCCACCCCAGCAGCUUCGUCAACCUGAAGGCCCUGCGAGAGCUGCGCCUGGACGGGAACCUUCUCACAUCAUUCCCGUGGGAGGGGCUAAGGGAUAUGCCCCGCCUCCAGACUCUGGGUCUCCAUAACAACCGUCUGUCCAGCCUCCCUGCUCAAGCUUCUUUGUUUCUCUCAAACAUCACCUUCCUUGACCUUUCCAGCAACAGGCUGACCGUGUUACCUGCUGAGCUGCUCGACCUUUGGCUUCCUCCUCCAGGACAACAGGGAGGACCAGUUCAAAGAAGGAUCUUAGGUCUCCAUGACAACCCUUGGUUGUGUGACUGCCAGAUCUCCAUGGUGAUGUCCCUGUCCAUGUCUCUGGGGAGUCCCUUGGUCCUGAUGGACCAGCUCUUGGUCUGCAGCCGGUCUGUGGAUCAGUCGGGGACGCUGCUGGGUCAGGCGGAGCUGUCCCGCUGUAUGAGACCAUCAGUUCAGCCUGCAGCCACCAGAGUCAUCUCUCCGCUGGGCAGCAACGUCAUCCUGCGCUGUGAAGCCACUGGGUACCCGACACCCACCCUGACCUGGAUCAAAACCUCCACCUACACAGAUUGUUGCAGAAAAAAGCUAUUUGAGAACUCUGACCAGCUACCCAGGAAUCUCGAGAGCUUUAUGCAGGAAUCUCCUCGGGUCGGGGUCCGCUGGUCGAUCAUCAUCCUGAACGGAUUAUCAUACAAGGACGCGGGUGAAUAUCGCUGCCAGGCGCGGAACAUGGCGGGAUUGUCCGAAGCCCCCAUCAAACUGAAGGUGGUCGGAGUCACCCGACUGUCCCGUCUCCUGAAGAGGAAGUACCUAAAGACUCCGCUCAAAUUAUCAAGAAAAUACAAGAGGCCGAACCAGACCGUGUCUACGACCAGCAGGCCCCCAGAGAAGGAGAACCAGAUACUCCAGAACGUCACACUUUCAAACAAGAUCCAGACUGCUGCUAAUCUGGUGUUCAAAGAGUUCCUCAAAGAAAAAAGUCUGAAAAUCAACAUAACAGAUGAAAAUAAAUAGACAGAGACAUUCAUUAAGUCUAUUUCAGAGCCCAGAGAAAUUUCUCCGGCUGCAUUCGUUGGGUUCAGCAUGGAAGAGUAAAGGAAGUAAGACUAUUUAGAGUUCCAGACAUUCUGCAUGAAAACAAUGCAGUGUGUGUUGAUGAGCUAUUCUGUGAAUUAAACUUGUUUAUAAAAAUAAAUUUCUG